AUGAAUCCUCGACAGGACUUUAAUGAGGAUACCGAACAAGCUCUUGGACCCGCUCUCUUCUCUUUCAACUCAUUGACGACCUUGUGCGAAGACGAAGCCAACUCCAACCAUAGCAGCGAUGCCAAGGCCACACCAACUUUGAACUCGCCCUCAACAUCGGAAUCUGGACUAAAUGAAAGCAGUGAUGGAAGUUUUCCUGUACAUCCCACUGUGACCUGGGAUGGACCGGAAGACCCAGAAAACCCCAAGAACUGGAAUCGAAGACAGAAAUGGACUACAUCUUUGAUCAUAUCAUCGUUUGCGUUCCUAUCUCCCCUGUCCUCAUCGAUAGCUGCCCCAGCUUUAGGACCGAUCGGCCACGACCUACACAUCACCAACGACGUUGAGCGUCAAUUGGUGCUUUCGAUAUUCCUCCUCACAUACGCACUAGGGCCUUUCGUGUUAUCACCUUGCUCGGAGAUAUGGGGCCGAACGCCAAUUGUACGAGUUGGGAAUCUAAUCUUUAUCAUCUCUACUGCCCUUUGCGGGUUUGCAGCAUCCAAGGGGCAGAUCCUAGCUUUUCGCUUCCUUGCUGGAAUAGGCGGAAGCGCGACUAUAGGCAUGGGCAGUGGCGUACUAGCUGACUGCUGGAAGCCAGAGGAGCGAGGCAAAGGCAUUGCAUUCAUGCAAUUUGCUCCCGUCUUAGGUCUCGCACUCGGCCCUAUUGCGGGUGGGUAUAUUUCUCAAUACGCUACCUGGCGCUGGACCUUUUGGUCCGUGGUCAUCUUGAACUUCACGGUGCAAAUCGUAGCCUUUAUUUUCCUCAGGGAGACAUACGCCCCACGAAUUUUGCACCUGAAGGCUAAGCGAAUUCGCAAGCUCUAUAACGAUGCAUCCUUUCAGACGGAGUGGGAAAAGCAAGAUCGCACACUUGCCGUCGUCCUCAGGACCAGUCUAUCUCGACCAUGGAUCAUGCUGGCAACUCAGCCCAUCAUCCAAAGUCUAGCUCUGUACCAAGCGUUCAACUUUGGACUGCUCUAUCUCAUUAUCUCUAGCUUCCCGAGGUUAUGGGAGCAUUACUACGGAAUGCACAAGGGGCAAGCGAGUCUGAACUACAUCUCUAUUGCCCUCGGCGCGUUGAUUGGUGUUUUGAUCUCCGCUCCGACAAUCGAUCUGAUUUAUCAAAGACUGAAACGGAGAAACGGUAUUGAGAAAGAUGAAAAGGGAGUCCCAGAGUUCCGAAUACCCUUAAUGGUUCCAGCCUCUCUUCUUACGCCCUGUGGGAUAAUCCUCUUCGCUUGGACUGCGCAAAACAAGAUGCAUUUCAUGCUUCCCAACGUGGGCAUAGCCAUCACUAUUGGCAGCAGCAUGGUCUCAUACCAAUGCAUCUCGGCUUACAUCGCCGACUGCUACUCUCUUCACACUGCCUCGGCCUCAGCGGCCUGUUGCUUCAUGAGGUCCAUGUUUGCUUUCGCAUUUCCAUUGUUUGUCCCAGCCUUAUUCAGAAAUCUUGGCUAUGGCCUGGGUGGGAGUUUGCUGGCAAUCAUUGCAGUGGUCAUUGGUGUGCCAGCGCCUUUGUUGCUCUGGAGAUAUGGAGCAAAGUUACGGGCUCUCAGUAGAUUUGGUGUUGCUGAAUAG